AUGAAGGAGUUAUGGGAUACAAGAGGUGGCAUCCCAAAUAUCGCAUGGUGCUCAGCCUUUCAAUUCAAGCGCAAGAUCUUUCGCAGUGGAACAAACAGCCGCAGCUAUACGGCUAUCCGGAGGGCGCGUCGCGAUUACUGCAAAGAGCUUCUCGAGGUAUUUGACGAUUCUUUGAGCUUCGAGAAUCAGAACUGGCAAGCAGUUCAGACUAUCAUUGAUGCACACAAAAGAUUGUUUCAGGAAUGCCAAUGCGAACAAUGCAGAAUGAGAAGGCUUGAAGCCAGAGCAGGGGAUGGUGACGACGAUGACGCUGACAACGACCCAAACAAUCGCAACGAUCAUCCUGAACCAGACCGUAACGAUAACGACGACGAUGAUGACGGCGACGACGGCAACCAGCGAACUUGGCAGCACGAGCUUAGUCGAUUGCGUAGACGUCGCUUGCUCGGCUCUGCAACUGGGAACAAUGAGGAAGAUCUGCUCGAUGAUGAUCAAAAUCUUGUUGACAUGGAAGACGACAACAAUCCAAACGUCGACAUGGAAAACAUCAGUGAGGAUGUCGAUAUGGAUGACGAUGCUGUCAAUACCGACGACAUCGUGUUUGGCGAUGGGUCGCAAAGUUCCUCCUGGUUCGUGCCUCGUUCGAGAGAAGCCUCGCCGGAUGAUGAUGCUUGUAUCGGAUCUGGGAACAACGAUCUUGACGACAACUCCGACAUCGACUAUGAGAGCAUCUUCGGCAUGAGACUUGGCCGCAGAAGGACUCCCACAUCACCUUCAGUGCCCGACUCGCCCAUCACGCCUAAGCUCGAGCCCAAACCCGAGCCCGAGACAGAAAUCAUUACAUACACCAAAUACACAAGAUUUAGACAAACAUGCGACCUUAUCGAUCUGACUGGAGAAGACGAUGACUCUAUGGGAAGCGAUAACAGCGGCAUGGAAGUCAUCGAGUUGACAGACGACUCUAGCAUGAGCACUGAGCCCACCAGAACCAACAGCAGGUACGAUGCUAUCAUUGAUCUGACACAAACCUCCGAGGAUUUUCAGAACAGCUCGCCCAUGCAAAUCAUUGAGCUGGAUGACUGA